AUGGGUCCAAGAAUUUGGGUGUAUUCUCUGGUUCUUUCCAUUCAAGUAUUGAUUAUAGCAGCUCAGACAAAUAACCAGGAUUAUGUUGCUCUACAGUCUCUUCAGGCUAUAUGGCAAAACACACCACCCAAUUGGGUUGGGCCAGAUCCAUGUGGUGCUGGCUGGGAUGGAAUUGGGUGCACCAAUUCCCGUGUGACUUCUAUAACAUUGGCAAGCAUGAAUUUGACUGGUCAGCUGUCUGGAGACAUCCAAGCGUUAGCUGAAUUACAGAUUCUGUAG